AUGCAGCGACAACUCGGUGGCAGAUUUCCUUCCUUGACAGCCGUUGCUGUUGCCAAUAUCGUUGUGUUCUUGUUGCCUAGCAACUGCUUCUUCCUUUCCCCGCCUCUAUUUUAUCUCUCCUCCGUUUCCGCCAAUUUCUUCCCACCUCUUUUUUUUCCUACUGAAGCUUUUUUCAUGGAAAUGGAAAUCUACUCGUGUUUGUGGCUGUGCUUUUCAUCAGUCUCUUCUUCAUAUCUGUCUUCUCUCUGUCUGUCUGUCUGUCUCUCUCUCUCUCUAUAUAUAUAUAGAUGUCUAUCAUUUGACUCAUUUUUUUCUUUCUCUUUUUCAUUCCUCCCCCAUUCUCCGAAUCUAACAAGUCUGAUUUCCUCGUUCAUCGUGUUUCCAAGCACUUUAUUCACAUUUUCUCAUAAUCCCUCAUUUUCUCCUCUGGUCCUUUGUACUCGGUGCAGCUUCAUAAAACGGCGGGCCAACCGUCUGUGCAAAUCCCGUCACACCUUCUUUGCAGACACUCUCCAUGACAUGAUGCGAUCAGAUGACGGCUAA